AUGGACGACGGCGCGCCUCAAACGGGCGCCACGCCCCUGGUGAACCCCUCCUCGUCGGAAGCCGUGGCCGUGAGCGUCGGCGACGGGCGCCAGGUUUCGCGCGGUGACGAGGAUGGGAAGGCGUCUGGCGAUGGCGCGAGCCGGGACAGGGCAGAAAUGUUGGUGGAGAAGGCGUUCGAGGACCACGACCGCGACAGCUUCAACUUCCGGCUGGGGAGCGGCCGCUGGAGCCUGCGCUUCAAUCCGGUGGUCACGCUCUCCUCCAUUGCGCUCAUCUGGGCGUUCAUCGUCUGGUGCCUGUCGAAGCCCGACGAGGCCAAUGAAGAUCUGAAGGAGGCCAAGAGAUGGAUCACGGAAACCUCCACUUGGGCGUACAUUUUGUCCCAGAUUAUUUGGGUCGUGUUCUUGGGCGUGGUGUACUUCAGCAAGUACUCCGAUCUCAAGCUUGGAAAGCCUGAUGACAAGCCUGAAUUCUCCAGCGCCUCCUGGUUUAUGAUGCUGUUUGCAUCUGGAAUUGCAGUGGGCUUCUUCUACUUCGGUGUUGGAGAGACAAUCUUUCACUAUGAGCCCUGCAGUGGUGUGAACUUUCAGUCAUUUGCUGGUGUUGAUGGCAAUUGCCAAGGCAAUCGCUUUUCGGAUCUGGGUGACAAUGCUCGUGCGAUCAUGGCGCUCAACACAACUCUCUUCCACUGGGGCAUCCAUGCUUGGGUUGUGUAUGCCCUCGUCGGCCUGUUGCUGGGCUUGAUUUGCUACCGUCAGAACCUUCCAAUGACGAUGAAGAGCUGCUUUUACCCACUGAUCGGUGAUCGCAUCUUUGGUUGGAUGGGAGAUGCCAUUGACGUGCUCAGCGUCAUAACGACCCUAUUUGGUGUCUGCACCUCUCUGGGGCUGGGAGUGCGUCAGAUCAACAUUGGGUUGAAUCGAUACAACAGUGACAUCGAUGUGUCCACAGACAACCAGGUUGCCAUCAUCUGGUGUGUCACCUUGAUCGCCACAACGUCUGUCGUCCUUGGACUUCGCAUGGGCAUCCGCCGCUUCUCUGAAGUCACCUGGCUGCUGGGGAUGUUCAUUGUCACUGCCCUAUUCUUCUUGGGGGCUUCUUGGUACCUUCUCAACCUUUACGUCCAGGCAUGGGGCUGGUACCUCUUCUCCUUCAUCCCACUUUCAUUCCACACAGACGCCUUUGCCCAGUUGGGAGAGACGCCUGACGGAAGAGGGUCUCCAGAGUCAUGGAUGGACGAUUGGACCAUCUUCUACUGGGGCUGGUGGAUCAGCUGGGCCCCUUUUGUGGGUGUCUUCACUGCCAAGAUCUCCAAGGGUCGCACUGUUAAGGAGUUCAUACUGGGGGUACUGUGUUUGCCCACCUUUUACUCCUUCUUGUGGUUGGUUGUGUUUGGUGGAGAGGGCCUGAGGAUGGAGCGCAAGGCUGCUGCCGCCGGCAUCAUGUGUCCUGGGACACCGAUGGGUCCUGAUGACGAUCCAGAGAACUUCCUUGGUUACAAAGAGAUUGAUGGUGUCAAGAUUACUCGUCUAUCUUGCCAGCCCAUCGAGAGCCAGUACUUCGACGUCUGGGACCAAUUCCCUGCUGGUGACGUCUAUGGUGCCCUGUCCAUCGGUGCCAUUAUUCUGUAUUUCGUCACCUCCUCCGACUCUGGCUCCCUGGUCAUCGACUGUAUAACUGCCAACGGCAACCCAAACCCCCCUGUCCUGCAGCGUGUCUUCUGGGCACUCACUGAGGGCGCUGCCGCUUGUGCACUGCUCGUUGCCGGAGGACAGGAGUCACUAAGCGCCCUACAGACAGCAGCCAUUGUGGCAGGUCUGCCAUACACUGUUGUGCUGUGUUUCUUCUGUGUUGCCCUGUGGGACGUCCUGAAGCAGGAGUACGGCGAUUUUAACUACAACAGGGCUGUAUUCAGCUCCCACCUCGUAGACGUCUUCUCCACACAGGGCUUCACGAUGGAGCGGCUCAUCCGCACCCUGAUCGCAGUGGUGUGCCCCAUGGUCGGCCUGGGCAAAGCAGGCGCAUCUCUUCACACCUCAAAGGCGGCGAAGCAGGCUGAGUACCUCGCCAUAGGCUUCUUUUUCUAUCUGUGGAUCGUGCUGAUGGUCCUCAUCCCCGUCGUCGACUUCAACAUCUGGGCGAUAGCCUGGUGCUCCUACAUGGCCUUCGCAGGACUGUCCACACGGGUGCGCAUUAACGCCCGCGCCAUGCGCGGGAUCGAGGGGGACAUGCUCACGGACUUCCUGGCAUCCCUCGUUUUGUACCCCCUGGUGGCUGCCCAGCUGGAUGAAGACGUGGACGUAAACGGCCCCCUCCUCUCCCGCAAGGCCAAGUGA